AUGGUCUAUCUCAACAACGUGACUUAUAAGGGAAAGGAUCGGGUAGCACUAAACACUAAGUUGAUCCCUCGUUACAUGGGACCGUAUCGAAUAUUGGAAAGGAUCGGUCCGAUGGUCUACAAGUUGGAAUUGCGGCCGGCCAUGGCAGCUUUCCAUCCGGUGUUUCAUGUGUCUAUGCUAGGGAAAUGCAUAACUGGACAGGAGAACGUGAUCCCUGAAUCACCACCUGAUCUACAAGUGAAAAUGACUAUCAUCGGAAGACCAGUUCGGAUAAUUGGUACUAAGAUGAGAGGAAUAGAAGAGAUAACUUGGGAACCGGAAGAAGUUAUCAAGGUGAACUUCAAGAAAUGGUUCGAUAAAAGGGAAGUUACUCGGAAGGAGAGAAAAGAUUCGAGGACGAAUCGGUCUUAA